AUGUUCGCCUCUCUUAGAAGAUUCCAAGCCACGCCCGCUUAUGGGGCACUUCUUAGCUCCCUUAAAGUGGAUUUGAAGAAAGCAAUGAUUGCCAAAAACAAUAUGGAAAAGACCACCAUUCGUUCGAUUUUGUCCACGAUCAAGAACAAUGAAAUCGAUGGUGGAGCACAGACGGAAUUUGAGUUGAGCAAAGUGCUUGGCAAGAUGGUUAAGCAAAGAGUUGAUUCUGCACGUGAAUUUCAGCAACAGAAGAGAGAUGACUUGGCAGAAAUCGAGAGCAAAGAGUCUGAAAUCAUAAAGAAGUAUGUGGAAUCUUUGCCAGUUGCAUCAGAUGAAGAAAUCAAGGAAAAGUUGACCCAUUUCUUGAACGAAAUCAAAGCAAAUGACGCCAACACACAUGUCGGUGCUAUCUUCAAACAAAUCAAUGAUGACUUAGCUUCUUCAUGGGGUGCUGCUCCUUCUGUGAUCAAGUCAAUGGUUCCUCUGUUGUACAAGGACAUUUUCAAGAAGUAG